AUGCCUCUGUGGUUCUGCGCCCCAAAACACCAACACUCAGUCCCCCUCCCCCAGCUCCUCUUCCUCUUCACUCCCACUCUGUCUCCUCUUCCUCGUCCCCCCCCCCCCGCCACCCUCUUCACACUGCACCUAAAUGAUUCCGACCCCCCCCUUCAACCCCAGCCCCUCCUCACCGAUGUUGGUCUCACAGCUCAAGUCACAAUUUAUCUGACAUUUCGGCUCUUCUCUCUCUUCCCUCUCUCUCUCUCUCUCUCUCUCUCUCUCUCUCAACCAAUUCAUCUCUCUCUCUCUCUCUCUCUCUCUCACACACACAACACACACACACACACACACACGCACCCUCAUCUCUGUCUGUGUGUCUGUGUGUGUCUCUGUGUGUCUUGUGUUUCAUUUUGCGAUUGUGCGAGCAACUCGACGCUCUGCGACACCUUUGCAAAUGAAAAUGACUGCCGCACCAUCGUGGCCUUGCGCAUCACAGCAGCUUCCAUGUCUCUAUUGGGCUGCUUGGUCAUUCUGUUCAGCAUUUGGCUCUUUCAGCGAUAUCGCAACUUUGCGCAGCGAUUGAUCAUGUUCUUGACCGGGGCUGCUCUCUUGGACUGCUUUCCUUAUUUUCAAGCAUCCGAACAUCCACGGGAUGACAUGAUCUGCGCCGCACAAGCCGUCUGGAUGACCUACACAGAUUGGUCGGUCAUUCUUUGGAUCUGCGUCAUCACAUACAACGUGUACGCCAAUCUUGUGCACAAACAAGAUACAACGCGGCUCGAACGCUGGUAUCACUUGCUCGCCUGGGGGUUUCCAGUCAUUCCAACCGCAAUUCCUCUCUUGAUGGGCGCUUAUGGCCCAGCAGGGGCGUGGUGUUGGAUAAAGCCGGAACACGUUGCCUUGCGCUUUGGAAUUUGGUAUUGCCCCAUGAUCAUUCUGAUUGUGGGCGUAGCCGUGACCUACGGCAUCAUCCGGCGGCAAGUCAAGCGUAGCCUCACCGUGUGGCAGGGUACCUAUUCGCCCAAUCUGGAGGAAGACCGAGACAUCUUGCGUCGCCAGGUGCAACCUUUGCUGAUUUACCCGGCGGUGUAUCUGUUGCUCUCCAUCUUUGCCAUCGUGAAUCGGGUUCAGAAUGCGGUGGACACCAGCCAUCCCAUCUUUGUCUUGUACUUGAUGCAGUCGGUGACCUCGCCCAUGCAAGGUUGGCUAUUUGAAUGCAUUAUGCACGCGCAGUAG